AUGGGCCGGACAUUCUUGGCCAUCAUUUGCAUGGCCCAUGAAGCCGCGCUUGCAGGCAGCUCAUGGACAGAGCAGCUCGACCACGGCAGCGUCAAAGGCUUCCCAAGCUAUGAUGAGGCCAAUGAUCUUUUGCGACAGUUUGUGCAAGCCAACCCCAGCCUGCUGGAGAAGCGGCAGAUAGGAUCUAGCUUCGAGAGUCGGCCAAUUUAUGCGUACAUCUUGGCCACACCGGUUGGAAGGCAGCACAAGCCUCAAGUCUUGCUCACAGCCUUGAUGCACGCUCGCGAGCCAGCUGGCCUGACCGUGCUCCUGUACUUCCUUGGUCAUAUGUUGGACAAAUACAACAAGGGCGACGCUGAUGCCGUGUACACUUUGAACAUGCGUGAGAUCUGGUUCGUGCCUUUUGUCAAUCCGGAUGGUUACGUGGCAAACCAGGGUCUGCGAAACAAGGUGAUCCGCAAGAAUCGGCGGCCAACCUGUAGGUCAUCUGUGGAUGGAGGCGUUGACAUCAACAGGAACUUCGCUGUGCAUUGGUCGAGCAGCUUCGGGGGAUGCAGCGAAGAGCAUGGUGGGACGCAGCCAUUCUCAGAGCCCGAGACGCAAGCCUUCAAAAAGAUCUGCGAGGAGAAUAGCUUCAAGACAGCGAUGAAUUUCCACGCCUAUGGCAGCAUGCUGACACAUCCGUUCAACUGGGCAACCCGGGAUCUCAUGGAUGCUGAAGACAAGAAAAUUUAUCAGGAAAUUGCACGUGUUUUUGGUUACAAGAAGUUCGGUCCUGCAAUUAAAACCGUUGGCUAUACAACCUCCGGUGAGUCAGAUGACUGGAUGUACUCAGCAAGGCACAUCAUCUCGAUGUCUCCAGAGGUGGGGCCAGAGAGUGGUGGUUUCUGGCCUCCGGUUUCCCACAUUGCUGGUAUUGACUCCCGCAACUUCUUCCGGACCUUGUAUGUGGUUGGCAAGGCAGGCAUGGAGUUGCAUGCAGAAUGGGCUCAGCAACCGCUUCCAGCAUCAACAGGCCUUGGUGACCUUACGCUUGCCGGAGGCCUUCCUCGCAAUCUCGUGAGACUGACGAUCUCAAACCGUGGUCUGACAGAUAGCGAGGGCAAGGUUUUGCGGAUCGCGGUGCGUGGGGUCAGCAAAGUUGGAGCUGAAGGCCGGAUUUGCCAGUGA